AUGCCCCACGCCCAGUGUGAUGUGACCAUCUCCAAAAAAUCGGUGCGUCAGGCGCGGGUCUGCCCGCGCGGCUACCAGCAGGUCUCUUCGACUGAGCAGCAAGAUGUCUCGGUGCAUCUGAGGAGCAGUGCAAGCAGACAGACACAAUUCGACUUCUCCUUCGAAGCGGUGCGCCCAAACCUGUUCCGAGUGACUUUCGCCUCCCCCGACCAUCCUAUCCCUCCCUACCCCAGUGUGCAAAAGCCUGAGACCAACCUCAAGAACGUCAAUGUUUCCAUCAAGAGUGAUGCCUCCUCCAAGACGUUCGAGAUUGCCGGCGUCACCGCACAGGUGGAAUGGGAGCAUACCCCCGUGGUCUCCCUCUCGUGGACCGGUUCUGAGAAGCUCUUGCACCGCGAUCUGCCGCUGCGCUCCUAUGUCGCCGACUCCACCGGUGUUGCGAGCUACUCCGUGCAUGAUCGAACAGCUCUUCAUGUUGGUCUAGGAGAAAAGAGUGCCCCGAUGGACCUCAGUGGCCGGACUUUCCAACUCUCUGCGACCGAUUGCUUUCGGCACAUUCCUCUGUUAGUUAAGGCUACUCCCGAAGGCUGUGUUGCCCUCUUCUCGACUACACACGGCCGGGGUUCGUGGUCGGUUGGUGCCGAGAUUGACGGCCUCUGGGGACACUUCAAGGUCUACCGCCAGGAUUAUGGUGGUCUCGAGCAGUACAUGAUUGUUGGAAAGAAUAUCCAGGAGAUUGUCCACUCGUACGCUGAGUUGGUUGGCUUUCCACUGCGAGUCCCCCGAUGGGCGUACGGUUACAUUUCCGGUGGAUACAAGUACACAAUGUUGGAUGAACCACCGGCGCAUCUGGCCCUGUUGGAGUUUGCAGAGAAGCUCAAGGAGCAUGGCAUCCCUUGCUCUGCUCACCAGAUGAGCUCUGGCUAUUCAAUUGCUCCGGUCGAGCCUAAGGUUCGGAACGUGUUCACAUGGAAUAACAGCCGCUUCCCUGAUCCGGAGGACUGGAUCAAGAAGAUGCACAAGCACGGUAUUCGCUUGAUUUCCAACAUUAAGCCUUUCCUGCUGGCUUCUCAUCCUGAUUUCCAGAAAUUAAUUGACUGCAAUGGCUUCUUUAAGGAUCCGGAGACCAACGAGCCUGGAUACAUGCGACUGUGGAGUGCAGGCGGUGCCACCGGCGGCGAAGGCUGCCAUAUCGACUUCACCUCUAAGGAAGCCUUUGAUUGGUGGUACAAGGGCUGCCAAAGCCUAAAGGCCGUGGGUAUUGAUGGCAUGUGGAACGACAACAAUGAAUACACCCUUCCCAACGAUGACUGGAAGCUGUGCCUGGAUGACAGUAUGGUCUCCGCGGAUGCGAAGAAGGCUACAGACAACUCCGUUGGUUCUUGGGGUCGCGCUAUGCACACCGAGCUAAUGGGCAAGUCCUCCCACGACGCUCUUCUAGAUAUGGAGCCCAAGUGCCGUCCUUUCGUCCUCACUCGCAGUGCGACAGCUGGAACUAUGCGCUACUCUGCCAGCACCUGGAGUGGAGAUAAUGUCACUAGCUGGGAGAGCAUGAAGGGCGCCAAUGCCCUCUCUCUCAACGCCGGUAUGUCUCUUCUGCAGUGCGAGGGUCACGACAUUGGCGGUUUCGAAGGACCCCAGCCCUCUCCUGAGCUGCUUCUCCGCUGGAUCCAGCUGGGCUGUGUUUCCGCUCGCUUCGCAAUCAACUGCUUCAAGACUUCUCCGGACAACAACGAUGUUGGCGAGGUCAUCGAGCCCUUCAUGUACCCCGAGAUCACACCUCUUGUCCGCGACGCCAUCAAGCGUCGCUACGAGAUGCUGCCAUACAUCUACUCCUUGGGUCUGGAGAGCCACAUGAGCGCUACUCCUCCCCAGCGGUGGAUCGGCUGGGGCUACGAGUCCGAUCCCGAGGUGUGGACCAAGGCCCUCAAAGCUGGCGAUGAACAAUUCUGGUUCGGUGACUCCAUCCUCGUCGGCGGCGUCUACAAGGCUGGUGUGACCGUGGCAAAUGUCUAUCUGCCCCGUAAGUCUGGCGAUCAGUUCGAUUACGGAUACGUGAACAUGAAUGCGCCAUACAAUUACCUCGCCUCCGGCCAGUGGGCUGAAAUCACCUCCGAGUGGCGCGAGAGUAUUCCCCUCAUCGCCAAGAUCGGUGGUGCCAUCCCCGUCGGCAAGAACGUGCACACCCGCGUGCCUGGCGAUGACACCGAUGCCUCGCAGGGCGUCGAGGAACUUGAUGAUUACCGUGGUGUUGAGGUCUUCCCUCCUAAGGGUACUUCGCACGGCAACGUCUUCUCAAACACCUGGUUCGAGGAUGAUGGUAUCUCCCAGAAACCUGCCACCUCCAGCUACACUCUCAGCUAUAGCUCCACUGAUGAGAAGGUCCUUGUUGAUUUCACCCGGGACGAAAAGAGUGGCUUCAAGCCUGCUUGGAAGGAAUUGGAUAUUAUUCUGCACAAUGGUGAUGCACGCCGUGUUUUCAGCAAUUCUGGCCAGGAGGUUGUUGCCAAGGGUGUUGACUCUCGUGGUCGUAAUGUUUACACUUUGAAGGCUUGA